GGUCGCCUUUGACCAGCCGACUGAGCGCGCGCACUCGGGCUGAGUGGAUGUGAUGCACUGAGGACUGAAGGACGUCCUCUCCCUCUCUCUUUCUCUCAUUUCUUCCCUCUAUCUCUCUCUCUCUACUGGGAAACACAUUGACAAGACCCUCUUUUUUUGCUCUCCUUUUUCAUGUUCCGUGGAUAAGAUUCCCGGGAAGUCCUCCAUCCUCCAUCAUCAUCAUCAUCAUCAUCACCUCCUCCUCCGUCUGAGCUGCUGCCCAACUUUCCCAGCUCGCGCGUAUGGUUUCGGUGCGCGCGGAGGCUCUCGGCGCAUUUUGAUUCUCUCCGUGGAGGGGAAACAUAAAAGGAUUUUUUUUUUGCUUGAUCUAAAUCCUGAAGCACAUCUGAGCCAUGGAGAACUCUCACUCGAAGAGCGUGGAGGAAGUUUACAGCUAUCUGAACGUGAAUGAGAGCACGGGGCUUUCGCUGGACCAGGUCAAACGCCAAAGAGAGAAGUGGGGUCCAAACGAAUUGCCUGCUGAAGAAGGAAAGUCAUUAUGGGAGCUGGUCGCUGAGCAGUUUGAAGAUUUACUGGUGCGGAUUCUCCUGCUUGCUGCCUGUAUAUCAUUCGUUUUAGCCUGGUUUGAGGAGGGUGAAGAGACGAUAACAGCCUUUGUGGAGCCUUUUGUAAUUCUGCUUAUUCUUAUAGCCAAUGCAAUUGUUGGUGUGUGGCAGGAGCGUAACGCUGAAAAUGCCAUUGAGGCACUUAAAGAGUACGAGCCGGAGAUGGGAAAAGUCUACAGACAAGACAGGAAGAGCGUGCAGAGGAUUAAGGCCAAAGAAAUUGUACCCGGGGACAUCGUGGAGGUAGCUGUGGGAGACAAAGUGCCCGCAGACAUCCGUAUCUGUUCCAUCAAGUCCACCACGCUGAGAGUGGACCAGUCCAUCCUCACGGGCGAGUCCGUUUCUGUCAUUAAACACACUGACCCUGUUCCCGACCUUCGAGCUGUCAAUCAGGACAAGAAGAACAUGCUGUUCUCUGGGACUAACAUUUCAUCAGGCAAAGCCGUGGGCGUGGUAGUGGCGACAGGUGUGAACACCGAGAUCGGAAAGAUCCGUGACGAGAUGGCAUCCACGGAGCAGGAGAGGACGCCGCUGCAGCAGAAGCUGGACGAGUUUGGCGAGCAGCUCUCCAAAGUCAUCUCGCUCAUCUGCAUUGCUGUGUGGAUCAUCAACAUCGGCCACUUUAAUGACCCGGUACACGGAGGCUCGUGGAUUCGCGGCGCCAUAUACUACUUCAAAAUCGCUGUGGCUUUGGCCGUGGCUGCAAUUCCUGAGGGUCUGCCCGCUGUUAUCACUACCUGCCUGGCACUUGGUACACGCCGCAUGGCAAAGAAAAACGCCAUUGUGCGCUCCCUGCCCUCUGUGGAGACACUCGGGUGCACGUCAGUCAUCUGCUCUGAUAAGACUGGAACCCUGACCACCAACCAGAUGUCUGUGUGCAGGAUGUUUAUCUUGGACAAAGCAGAAAGUGAGAGCUGCUCUCUGUCCGAGUUCACCAUCUCUGGAUCAACGUACGCACCUGAAGGAGAAGUAUAUCUGGAUAACCGACCGGUGAAGUGCUCUGGCUAUGAUGGUCUUGUGGAGAUGGCUACUAUCUGUGCUCUGUGUAAUGACUCCUCGCUGGACUUCAACGAGGCAAAAGGUGUGUAUGAGAAGGUGGGAGAGGCCACAGAGACUGCUCUGACCUGCCUGGUGGAGAAGAUGAACGUGUUUGAUACGGACGUCAGGAACCUCUCUAAGAUCGAGAGAGCCAAUGCCUGCAACUGUGUGAUCAAGCAACUAAUGAACAAGGAGUUUACGCUGGAAUUUUCUCGGGAUAGAAAGUCAAUGUCUGUGUACUGCACCCCCAGCAAGGGCAAAUCCACCACCAGCAAGAUGUUUGUUAAGGGAGCCCCAGAGGGAGUGAUUGACAGGUGUUCAUAUGUACGUGUGGGGGCCAACCGUGUGCCCAUGACCCUGGGCAUUAAGGAUAAGAUCAUGUCUGUGAUCCGGGAGUAUGGCACUGGACGAGACACGCUGCGCUGCUUGGCACUGGCCACCCGGGACACCCCGCUCAGGAAGGAUGAGAUGGUUCUGACUGACACGGCACGCUUUGCUGAGUAUGAGUCUGACCUGACGUUUGUGGGCUGCGUGGGCAUGCUGGAUCCUCCCAGGACCGAAGUGGCUGCCUCCAUCAAGCUGUGUCGUCAGGCCGGUAUCCGGGUCAUCAUGAUCACGGGUGAUAACAAAGGCACGGCCGUAGCCAUCUGCAGGCGCAUCGGCAUCUUCUCCGAGGAGGACGACGUAAACAAAAUGGCUUUCACAGGGCGUGAGUUUGAUGAUCUUUCGCUCCAAUCGCAGCGCGAAGCCGUCAUGGCUGCUCGCUGCUUCGCCCGAGUCGAGCCCUCUCACAAGUCCAAGAUUGUGGAGUUCCUUCAGGGCUUCGAUGAGAUCACUGCAAUGACGGGAGAUGGGGUGAAUGAUGCCCCUGCCCUGAAGAAGGCAGAGAUCGGCAUCGCCAUGGGCUCUGGCACUGCUGUGGCCAAGACAGCCUCAGAAAUGGUCCUCGCUGACGACAACUUCUCCACCAUCGUAGCCGCUGUUGAAGAAGGUCGAGCCAUUUACAACAACAUGAAGCAGUUUAUCCGCUACCUCAUCUCCUCCAACGUUGGGGAGGUCGUCUGUAUAUUUUUGACUGCAGCGCUGGGUUUCCCCGAGGCUCUGAUCCCAGUACAGCUGCUGUGGGUAAACCUGGUUACAGAUGGCUUGCCAGCCACUGCACUUGGCUUCAACCCCCCUGACCUGGACAUUAUGAAUAAACAACCUCGCAGUGCCAAGGAGCCCCUGAUUUCUGGAUGGCUCUUCUUUAGAUAUCUCGCCAUUGGCUGCUAUGUGGGAGCUGCUACAGUGGGAGCUGCAGCCUGGUGGUUCAUUUUGGCUGAUGACGGCCCUCAAAUCACCCUUUACCAGCUGAGCCACUUCCUGCAAUGUUCUCCUGACCACCCUGACUUUUACGACCUGGAGUGUCACGUGUUUGAAUCGCCAUACCCCAUGACCAUGGCGUUGUCCGUUCUCGUCACCAUCGAGAUGUGCAACGCUCUCAAUAGUCUGUCAGAAAACCAGUCUCUGCUGCGCAUGCCUCCGUGGGAAAACGUGUGGCUGCUGGGAGCUAUUUGCCUCUCCAUGUCCUUGCACUUCCUCAUUCUCUACGUCGAGCCGCUGCCGGUCAUCUUCCAGAUCACUCCUCUGAAUGUGACCCAGUGGCUGAUGGUGCUGAAGAUCUCCAUGCCUGUCAUCCUGUUGGACGAACUGCUCAAGUUUGUGGCGAGGAACUACUUAGAGCCGGGUAAAGACAUGCAGCAAGAGAGCUGGAGUGUGUCUGCAUGUGUCCAGGGCAUCUCCUGGCCUUUCAUAGCUCUCUGUCUCCCCCUGGUGGUGUGGCUGUACAGCACGGACACUAACACAAGCCGCACACUGGGGUCCUCCUGACUGACCGAUUGCUGACUUGAGACCUGCUGUGAUGCUAACACACAACAACUUACACAGAACCACGAUUAACCCCAAAAGAACAUUUGCACAGGAAUCCGCAUACUGUACGUUUGGUGUUUUUUAUUAAUAGAGUGAUGACUUGUUGUUCAAUUUUAAAGCACACAUUAAUUUUUUUUAUUCUCUAUACAUAUAUAACAGCUAUAUUAUUAUAAAAUAUUAUAAGCAGUCAAUGGAUAAAUAUAUUUAUUAGCUUGUUUUUGAAAGGGGCACAGACACAUUGGACAUCUCAAUCCAUAAGAUGGAUUAGAGCGGUGUGUGUAUUCAUGACUCGAUCUGGUACAGUAAAAAAAAAACUAAUUAUAUCCCUGAUUAUAUUGUUUUUUUCAAUCAACCCUUCCUAAUUUAUGAUAUUAAAAAAAAAAGGUUACUUUCUGCUUUUGGCAGAAUUCAGCUACCUCAGUUCCACUGUUGUCCACUUAACUUUAUCUCUGAUUCUGGUUUAUUUCAUUUCUUUUUUUCACCGUAGCUGAAUAUCUUUAAAAGGGUUGUUUGUCAUCUAAAAAAUGUCAAUUGCAUUUGCAAUGUAACCCAUAAUACGCCUUUUCUACGCUCUAUUCAAAUCCUGUAUACUUGUUGCUUUUCCUCUAAAUGAAGCUUAGCUCUGCCCCCUGGUUGGGGUGGAGCUCAUUUCCGGGCCAGAAAAACAAAAAUAUUUCUGAAAAAUUGAUUUUGUCUGAAGUCACUAAAUAUUACAGACUGCACCUUUAAAUAUUGGAAAAGAAAGUGCUCGAGCUAAAAGCCAUGAUAAGAUAAGGGUAAGUUUUAUAAACAAAUGAAGACUAUCACUUUUAAAAACUAUUGUUUCACUUGGACACAGUUUGGAGUAUUUUUUAUUUCCCCUGACCCGUGUGAAGGUCUUGGAAAAACACGCACAAUGCUAUAGCUUAACAUGUAGGUAAGCAAUGCUGUGUGUGUAUUUGUGUGUGUAUUUGUGUAUUGAAUGUAAAUAAAUAUACACUGGUUUGAAUCGAAUAUGUACAGCACAAAAGUCUCUAGGGAUGUAGGGAAUUCUGGGAAUAAGUGGUAAGAUAGAUAACUAGGUAAAUUGCAAGAUUGUAUUUUUUUAUAUGUACUUGAUUAAGUAUGUCAGAACUUUAGGCUCCUCGUUUUCCUGUUUGAGAGCAUGCUUUACUCAGUGUGUGACUUGAUAAUAAUAAUAAUAAUAAUAAUAAUAAUAAUAAUGUUCUCCCAGGGCUUGUUCUGAGAGUGAAAACAUACAAUAACUCUAACUUCUCCUGCACCUUCUCACCACCUGACUCGACUCUUACUAAUAUUGCAGGUUGUAUUUUUAUAUUUAAAAUGUGAAAUGUUUUCUUUUAAUCUCAAGUUAUGUUAAUUUAAGAGACAGGGUUGCCAGGUUUGUAAAACUCAGAUUGUGGCAUCCCAAACUCCGACAAAUGUCUUGUAGUUCAUCCAGUACUAAGAAGAACCACACACUAUAAAAUAAGCAUUUUAUACCCGCCUUCUUUUAAUUAAUCUCCAGAUGCGGACAAUUGUGUUUACUGUUUCGUUCAAACAUUCCUGCUUCCUUCUGAAAUGUAGAGAACAUUUGUUUUUUGUGGGCAUGAUCUUAUAGGAAAAUAAUAAAUGAUGGUGUGAUGCACUGGA